CCCCGCGGUGAGGCGGCCAUGGCGGCCGAGGAGGCGCCCGAGCACAACCCCUUCUCCUUCCGCGAGUUCGUGCGCAGCAAGGCUGCGCGGCCCGGGCUGAGCCUCGGCUCCUUCCCGCUGCCGCACCCGGCAGCGCUCGCGGAGGCGCGGGACGAGGAGGAAGAGGAGGAUGAGGAGGAGGAGCAGGGCUGGAGCGGGGCUUACCUGCCCGCCGCCGUGGAGCGGGCCCAGCUGGGCCCGGCGGGCAGCGCGGGGUUGCCGUCCCUGGCAGCGCCCCCGGCCCCGCGGCAGCCCAGCUACCGGGAGCUGAAAGAAGAGAAUGCCAGUUUGAGAAGCAAGAUCUAUAAGCUUCAGAUUUUCUCUGAAACUCAAGCAGACAAGAUGAGGAAGCUUGAAAGAAAGCUUGAGGAAAACCAAAUCAAGGAAGAGAAAGAGGCACGGGAUUUGGAAGCCAUGGUGCAGCACGUGGAACAAAAUCUCCAGCUGAUGACUAAACGGGCUGUCAGGGCAGAAAGCAGUGCCACCAAACUGAAGCAGGAGAAUGCUCUGCUGCAGGUUCAGCUGAAGAAUUGCCAGGCAGAGAAUGAAGCCCUGAGGGGGCAGUCAGCCAGCCUGGCUGCUGUGAAGCAGAACACAGACCUGGCCCUGCAGAACCUUCUCACUGUCAUCUCCAGCUCCCGCUCCUCCAUCAGGCAGCUCCUCUCGGGAGCGGAAUCCCUGGAGCUCGUCGCCGACCUGCUGCGAUGCACGGACAGAGUCUCUGAGGUGCCGGCGGAGGGGCCGUGAGGCGGCGGCGCGGCCUCUGGCGCCGGGAACUGCGCUGUCUCGCGGGGCCCGGUCCUUAAAGAGCUGCUUCCCUGA